GAAUUGAUCGCAAAAUUGUCUGAUCCAAAACGCUGCAGAUAAGUUCCAAGCGAAUAUCUCCCGGGCUGCCUAGUGAUUCCACCGAGAUGCAGACGACAUCGGCUUAGCCCUUGCCGCACAUGCGUCCACUCCUGCCUCGUCGCUUCUGCGCUCCAUGACAAGGUCACCCACCUCGGAACGUAUGAACUCGAGACCCCUGCAGGCUUGCCAACACGUUUGUCGCCACGCCAAGGUCCAGUGUCCAAGCCCAGCAAUGGCGUGCGGUGCCUUCAUAUCCAGCGCAGCAGCAGCGACGGUCCAUUAAUUGACCACAAGCCCCCGCCCGUCCGAAGCAACCGACAUGGACAUGUUCCAGGAGGACACGCUGUCGUCGGCCACGUCGUCUCCGGCGUCGUCGCUGUGCACGCCGUCGCCGCACCCGCACGGGUCGUCGUGGGUGCAGGAGCUGAGCCACGACCAGCAGGGCCUGCGCCUCAUCAGCCUGCUGUACCAGUGCGCGGCGGAGGUGGCGGCGGGCGCCUUCGACCGCGCCAACUUCUACCUUGAGCAGAUCACGCAGCUGGCGUCGCUGGACGCGCCGCACACGCUGCAGCGCCUCGCCGCCGUCUUCGCCGACGCGCUGGCGCGGAAGCUGCUCAACCUGGUGCCAGGCCUGUCGCGGGCGCUGCUGCCCACGGGGCCGGGCAGCCCCGCGGAGGCGCACCUGGUGCCCGCCGCGCGGCGCCACCUCUUCGACGUGCUGCCCUUCAUGAAGCUGGCCUACCUCACCACCAACCACGCCGUCCUGGAGGCCAUGGAGGGGGAGAGGUUCGUGCACGUCGUCGACCUCUCCGGCCCCGCCGCCAACCCGGUGCAGUGGAUCGCGCUGUUCCACGCCUUCCGCAGCCGCCGCGGGGGGCCCCCGCACCUCCGCGUCACGGCCGUGCACGACGCCAAGGAGUUCCUGGCCAGCAUGGCCUGCGUGCUCGCCAGGGAGGCCGAGGCGUUCGACAUCCCGUUCCAGUUCAGCGCCGUGGAGGCCAGGCUGGAGGACCUGGACGCGGACGCGCUGCGGCACCUCCUCCGCGUGCGCUCCGGCGAGGCGCUGGCCGUCAGCGUGGUGGGGCAGCUGCACCGCCUCCUGGCGGCCGACGACGCCGGCGGCGGCAGGAGCAGCAGGCACGUGCACGUCCCGGGCAGCAGCUGCCUCACCCCGGUGCAGAUCAUCGCGCGCUCCAGCCCCAGCAGCUUCGGCGAGCUGCUGGAGCGGGAGCUCAACACGCGGCUGCAGCUGAGCCCGGACUACUCGCCGGUGCUCUCUAUCUCGCCGCAGUCGUCGCCGGUGCCUGGGCAGCAGCAGCAGAGGGAAAAGGCGCCGAAGCUGGGGAGCUUCCUGCGCGCGGUGCGGGCGCUGUCGCCCAAGAUCAUGGUGGUGGCGGAGCCGGAGGCGAACCACAACGCGCCCACGUUCAUGGAGCGGUUCGAGGAGGCGCUCAACUACUACGCGUCGCUGUUCGACUGCCUGGAGCGCGCGUCGGCGGCGCAGGCGCACCGGUGCGCGGGGGAGCGGGCGCGCGCCGAGCGGCUGGUGCUCGGGGAGGAGAUCCGCGGCGUGGUGGCGCGGGAGGGCGCGGAGCGCAAGGAGCGGCACGAGCGGCUGGCGCGGUGGGCGCGCCGGAUGGAGGCCGCCGGGAUGGAGCGCGUCGGGCUUAGCUACGACGGCAUGAUGGAGGCGCGGAAGCUGCUGCAGAGCUGCGGGUGGGGCGGCGGCGGGGACGACUCCGCGUACCAGGUGGCGCACGACGCCAGCGGGAAGGCCUUCUUCUUCUGCUGGCACCGCAAGCCGCUCUACUCCGUCUCCGCCUGGAGGCCGGCGGCGUAGCCAAAUAAUACUAGCUGAGAUCGCAUCGCAUCGCAUGUAGUAUGUAUGUACAUCAUCGGCAUAUAUAUCACUCGACGACGAUCGUCUGUCUCAUGCCA